AUGCUAGAGGGCAUUCGAGGUUACAUGAUGGUUCGGAUGAGGAAGAUGCAUCGAAAGUAUGAAAGGCUUCGGAACUUGAUAUGUCCACAGGCAAGAAGCAUCAUAGCCGAAGAGGAUGUCAAGGCAAGAAAGUGCCUUGCUCGUGCUAGCACCAAUGACAGAGUUGAAGUCCGUAUUGGGGCAGCAGGAUUCGUGGUUGAUUUGGGCAGCCGUGAUUGUACCUGCGGGGCUUGGCAACUAUCUGGGAUCCCAUGCUGCCAUGCUCAAUCGGCCAUGGGCUUAAUGAGGCUGAAUGUGGAAGAUUAUGUGCAUGAAUGCUACCUCGUGACCACAGCUAGAAAGGUUUAUGCACAUGGAAUGCCGUGUAUGAGUGGACCACAAACUUGGCCUAGUGCUGAAGGAUAUCCUGUAUACCCGCCGAUUCAGAAGGCAAUGCCGGGGCGUCCUAAGAAGAAAAGAAGAAAGGAGGCGGCUGAACUCGAGGUUCGAGUGCAUAAGAAUGGUUCUGGACAGCCAAUUGGGAGAGAAGGAAUGGUGAUGCAUUGCAGUAAGUGUCGAGGGACUGGACAUAAUGCUAGGAAGUGUCCCAAUCCACCAUUUGUUCCAAGUGAACUAGUUAUGGAAAACGUCCAAGGUAGGGGAACACGAGGGAGAGGGACACGAGGGAGAGGGACACGAGGGAGAGGACGGGGGCAGCAAGGUGGUUCGAAUGAAGGAGGGAGAGGGCAGCCAAUGGAAUCCCAAAACGAAGCAAGCAAACCAAAGAGGGCCAUCCAUUGUGGAAAGUGUAAACAGCCUGGACAUAAUGCUAGGAAGUGUCCACUGAACAUGGGAAUUCAGUUUCCGAGGGCGGAGAAUGCUGGAAUUCGUAGUUCUGCAGAAGCUGUAGGUACCCAACCAACUGAAAUUGAUGCGACACAGGGACCAACAACUCAGCCUCAGUAG